UAGUAAUUUUUGAGCGAUGACAUAAAAAGGGAACCUCAUCAAGAGAUUAUUUGCAAGUUGCAAGGUUAUCGUGAGUGAAGCAGGAGUUGAGUUAGUGUGCCAUAUUAUUAUUAGUUGCAUUUUUCGAGUUAUAAAUCGGUGGAAAUGAAGAUCUUUUUGAUUAUCUUAUCUUUGGUGGGAAUUUGUUACGGCGGAGUGGGCGUCUUGACCCCAGAGAUUGAAGCAGAGGCCCUCCGGCUAUGGCAGGCUUACUGUGAUGGAGCAAGUGAAGGGGGCACGGAUGGCACUACGUCCGUAUUUUGCAAAAGAUCUGGUGAAAAGAUUGAGGAAACUUUGACCCACGAGCACGCGCUGGCCGCCGGGGGCGCGGCCCAGGAGCAAGUUGUGUUCGUUCAACCGCCAAGCUAUCACUACAAACAUGACGUCGUUGUCAGCGGUGGGGGCGGAUCUGCCGGAAAAACCGUUAUUUAUGUGAAACCAUCCAAAAAUACGCACGAGGUCAAUGUGCAAGAUAAAACUGUCGCUGGAGAAGGACCAGCCAAGCCCACCCUAUAUUUCCUUAAAGGAAAUCACGGUGGGGAUGAAGCUGCUGCUGCUUCUGCUCCUGCCCCUGUUUUUGAACCAGCAGAAAGGCGACGACGACGAUGAUAAGAAAUUAUCGAGAUGACAGAGUCAAUCGGAAAAUGUAACUUGGAUUCAUUGUUGGCUAGAAAUUAUAUAUUUUUGUGAAACACAAAAUGGAAAAAAAUAAAGUGAAAUGAAUGAAAUCAAUGUA